CCCAUAACAUCUAGACGAGCCUAGAGGCGGGGAGGGAGCGACUUUGCUCCAACUGAAUCGGACGGAAAAUGGAUAUCGCUCAUCCUGUAUCCACUGAGGUCACCUCACUGGCUUUCUCCUUCCUCACAGCGGAGGAGAUCCGCUCGAUAUCAGUCACGAAGAUUGACAAUCCUAUUUUGUUGGACAAUUUCAACUUGCCAACCAAGGGAGGUCUGUACGAUCCUAAGCUGGGACCCAUGAGCGCAAAAGACGUCUGCGAGACAUGCCAUCUUUCAUACUUUGCUUGUCCAGGGCAUUUCGGCCAUAUCGACCUGCCGGUUCCUCUCUACCACCCCCUGUUCAUGACCACUGUCUAUCGCCUUCUACAAUCGACUUGCCUCUACUGUCACCAUUUCAAGAUGCCCGAGAUGAUGGUCCAGCAAUACAUUGCAAGGAUACAGCUCUUGAAUGCCGGUCUUUUCAAAGAAUCCCAUGACGUCGCGCAUCUGAUGCCCAAGACCCAGCAGGCAGAUGAAGAUGAGGAAGGAGGUGGUGGAGGAGGCGCGACCAUGGUCCCGGUGGAGACUGCAGCGGAGCAUAUCGUGAAGUUGGACGACUUUGUCCGAUAUGCCCUUCAUCAAGCAAAGAAACACGGCGCUGAGAAGGACAAUUACCGAGACGGAGUGGUAUAUGAGGAGAGGAGAGCACUUUUGGAAGAGGUGCUCAAAGGUGAUAGCUCGAGAUCCUGGCGUACAAAGUGUUCGAGAUGUAGAGCUGUCAAUCCCACAUACCGCAAAGAGAGAACCGUCAAGAUAAUCGAACUGGAACUCGACAACAAGCAAAAGCUCACCAACACGCACCUUGGCGUCAAGCGGCGGGAAGUUUUGAGUGAUGGUCGAGGAUUGUUCAAGAAGGACAAGUCGAAUCGGGCCCAGAACGGCGAUGACGAGUCCAGCAGCGAAAGUGGAUCCGAAGCUAAGGAGGACGACGAGAUGGAGGAGAAUUUUGACGAGGAGGAAGAGGAGGAGGAGGAAGAAGAUGACGAAGACAUCCUCAAUCGUGUGACUGUCGCAAAAACAGCAAGUGGCAAGGUCAAGGGAGCAAAGGGUCGAAAUGAGCGGGUCAUGUCUCCUGGCGAAGUCAGAGCGCACCUCAGAGUCCUGUUCCAAAAGGAGUCGAAACUCUGCCAUUUGCUAUACGGGCGGCACGGCGGAACUCUUCGUUCUCGGGGAAAUCUCUCUCCAACAGCACUGGCUGACAUGUUCUUCGUGGAUGUCUUGUCCGUUACUCCGACUCGGUUCCGGCCACCAGCUAAGAUGGGCGACGACCUGUUUGAAAAUCCACAGAAUUCUCUCCUGUCAGCUGUCAUCACGACGUGCAAGCGAAUUCAGGAUCUUAACCAUCGCUUAAUAGAGCAUGCCAAAGCGGAAAGGGGAGAUGAGGUCCUCGAGGUCAUAGACAAAGUGGAAGGCGGGCGGUUAUUCGAACUCUUACUUGAAUCUCUCAUCAAGCUGCAGCACGAUGUCAACAGUUUCAUGGACAGUACGAAGAAUCCAACGGUAAUGGCUCAGGGAAAACUUCCACACCAGGGUAUCAAACAGCUCCUGGAGAAGAAAGAGGGUCUGUUCAGGAAACACAUGAUGGGCAAACGUGUCAAUUACGCCGCCCGAUCCGUCAUUUCUCCCGACAUCAACAUCGAGACCAAUGAAAUCGGGAUACCACCAGUAUUCGCUCGCAAACUCACCUAUCCCGAGCCGGUCACUGCCCAAAAUGUCGCUGAACUUCGUCAGCUGGUCAUAAAUGGCCCCCGGCAGCAUCCUGGAGCAUCUAUGGUACAAAUGGAAGACGGUACGAGAGUGUCGCUCGACCGCACCACUUUAGAGCAGAGGACAGCCAUCGCGAACCAAUUGGCGACUCCGCAAUCCGAAGCUCAUGCAUCAAGCAGUCUAGGGCCCGCUGCUCGCAACAAGAAAGUGUUCAGGCAUAUUCGGGAUGGCGACAUUGUCAUCUUGAAUAGACAGCCUACUCUCCAUAAGCCAAGUAUGAUGUGUCACAAGGUCAAGGUGCUGCUCGGAGAGAAGACAAUCAGGAUGCACUACGCCAAUUGCAACUCCUAUAACGCCGACUUUGACGGCGACGAGAUGAACAUUCACUUUCCACAAAAUGAAGUGGCUCGUGCGGAGGCUUUGAUGAUCGCGAACACCGACAAUCAAUACCUCGUGCCGACAUCGGGAAAACCUCUCCGUGGUCUCAUUCAAGAUCAUGUAGUUGCAGCGGUGCACAUGUGCAGCAAAUCCUCGUUCUUCACACGCGAGCAGUAUUUCCAGCUCAUUUACGGUGCUUUGAGAACAGAGGACGAUUACACAGGUGGUGGACGCAUUUUGACGGUCGCACCUGCUAUCUGGAAGCCACGACCCAUGUGGACAGGCAAGCAGAUUGUCUCGACCAUUCUUCUCAACUUGACACCUCCUAAUGCUAGAGGUCUGAAUUUGACAUCUCGAAAUAAGAUCGACCAUGCUCUUUGGGGGAGGGAGAAAAACGUAGACCCAAACAUGUCAGAGGAAAAGACGAUCUUUGUCGACGGACAUUUGGUCUGUGGAGUUCUCGACAAGUCCCAAUUUGGUGCUUCCGAUUUUGGUCUGGUCCAUUCAGUCCACGAGUUGUACGGUCCCAUGAUUGCAAAUCGACUCCUCGGUAUCUUGUCAAGGCUAUUCACGAAGUAUCUCCAGCAUGACGCUUUUUCCUGCCGAAUGGACGAUUUGACACUCACGGCGGAAGGCGAAAAGCUGCGACAGGAUAUCCUGGAUAAGGCUUCCGACCUGGGGACGAAGACGAGCAUCAAAUAUGUCGGUUUGCCGGAGGAUUCCCAGCUGGAUAAGGAGACACAGCACAACCUUGAUGUCCGGCUCGAGGAGACUCUCCGAGAUGAUAAUCUGAUGGCUGGUCUAGAUGCUGUCAUGCAGUCAGCUUUCAACAAGACAACCUCACAGAUCAACAACGACGUCUUGCCGAAAUAUCUCGUUCGACCAUUCCCCGACAACAACAUGCAAAUGAUGACCAUCUCCGGAGCCAAAGGAUCCAAGGUCAAUGCCUCGCAGAUCUCGACAUUACUUGGACAGCAAGCCCUAGAAGGACGACGUGUACCGACCAUGGUAUCUGGUAAGACAUUACCGUCCUUCCGUGCCUUCGACACUAGUGCUCGAGCCGGUGGAUACGUUGCCAAUCGAUUCUUAACCGGUAUCCGACCUCAGGAGUACUAUUUCCACUGCAUGGCGGGCCGCGAAGGACUGAUCGACACGGCUGUCAAGACCAGUCGAUCCGGCUAUCUUCAACGAUGUCUCAUCAAGCAUCUGGAAGGGGUCAAGGUACAUUAUGAUCACACUGUCCGGGACUCAGAUCUGUCGGUCCUGCAAUUCCUCUAUGGCGAAGAUGCCCUCGAUGUCACUCGCUCAAGACACCUUCAGUCAUUCGACUUCGCAGCCCAGAACCACGAUUCUCUCAUCAAUCGCUACAAGCCGGGAGCGGUUUUGGGCAAGGUCGUUACAGACGAGGCCGUCGAUCAUAUGAAGAAGGCAUUGAAGAAACCUGAGAAAUACGAACCCGCGCUGUCGAAAUUCUCACCAAGCCGAUACCUGGGCAGCAUGUCCGAGACGUUUGCCAAGCAAGUCAGGGAUUACACUCACGAGAACAAAGCCGGUCUUAUCUCAAGAAAGGGUCAGAGUUCCAACUCGAGUGUCAUUUCGGAGAAAGAGUUCGUCUCGUUGGCUAGAUCAAGAUACAUGAGAGGUCUCGUCGACCCUGGGGAGGCAGUGGGACUAUUAGCAUCUCAAGGUGUUGGAGAACCCUCGACGCAAAUGACGCUGAACACGUUCCAUUUGGCUGGUCAUGGCGCAGCGAAUGUUACACUCGGUAUCCCCCGUUUACGAGAAAUCGUCAUGACCGCUUCGACACAUCCGAUGACACCGACCAUGAAGCUGCCGAUACGCGAGACUAUCGGCGAUGGAGACGUCGAGGCUUUUGUCAAGCAGGUUUCAAGACUGACCUUGUCUCAAGUUGUAGACAAAGUCACCGUCACGGAGCGUUUGAGUGGUCGAUCUGACACCGAUGCAAGAUUACGGAAAUACACAGUGUUGCUGGAGUUCUACCCCAAGGAAGAAUACUCUGAGGAAUACGAGAUUUCUGCCCUUCAGAUCCACGAAGCUCUAGCUUUCAACUUUUCGGUCAAGCUGAAGAAGGAGAUCUUGAAUGAGAUGAGGAUCACUUCCAAGGCUCUGUCACAAGAUAUGGCGGUUGGAGUCGGGAUGAGAGUCCGUGAAGGCGAAGAUGAAGGCUUAGGUGCUCGACGAGGUCGCGAUGACGAGCUGGAUGACGAUGACAUGGACGCGUAUCAAGCCAAACGUACAGCUCAAGCUAGGCAACAUGAGUACGAGGAGGAUGAUAGGAACGAGCAGGUGGAGGAUCUCGAAGACUAUGUCGAGAGACAGUUUGAAGAUGAUGAUGAAGAGGACGUUGAUGCUGGAGAAAAGGCUGAGACGGACGCUAGAGGGGACGCUCUGCUGGAAGCAUUCAAGAAGGGGAGCAAGUACGCCACAGAUCUGCACUUCGAUUCUCAUAAAGGCAAAUCCGCUCAGUUUGAGCUCGAGUUCCCGGCAAACACUCCAAAAUUGCUUCUUGUCGAUAUUGUCGAGCGCGCAUGUCGAUCUGCUGUCAUUCAUGAAGUGCCUGACAUUGGUCGCUGCAUGAAAGUCUUCGAUGACAAGGGAGAGUUUACACGCUCGCUCAUCACUGAGGGUUCAAACCUUACCGGAAUGCACGCUCUUGCCGACGAGCUUGUCGAUCUCGAUCGGAUAGGCUCAAACGAUAUUGCAGCACUGCUUCAGACAUAUGGGGUCGAAGCGGCAAGAAGAGCUAUCAUCGACGAAGUGUCCGCCGUGUUUGGCGCAUAUGGAAUCGCUGUUGAUUACAGACAUCUGACAGUGAUUGCGGAUUACAUGACCCAUGCGGGAGGCUAUCGACCAUUCAAUCGAUCUGGAAUAUCCAAGAAAUCCUCACCUCUUCUCAAAGCUUCCUUCGAAACUACCGUUCAAUUCCUUAGUGAAGCCGUGCUGCACGGUGACUUUGACGAUCUCACCAGUCCAGCUGCGAAGAUUGUCAUGGGUCAACCCAGUACUAGUGGAACAGGGAGCUUUGAUAUCCGUGCACCGAGGAGGAUGGUGCUGGCGUGAGCGUGAUUUAGUGGACUUCAGCCAUAUCUGUGUAAUGCAUCGCAACCGGAGAGCCCGAACAGCUUACGUAGCUUGUUUGGUAUCGAAGUAUCACGUGACUAUAUUUGCACCGUAACAGCAAUGAGUGGUCCAGCCCACUCGACCGAAUGGAUGGGACAUGU